AUGGAUGAUUGCUCGAUUUUCGAGGAGAAGAGAUCCCCAUUAGAUUGCACGUAUGACGGCGACAGUGAUAACGUGAUCACGAGCCGAUCUUCGACGAUCAAGAUUGAGACUCACACGUACAACCCGUUCGUCAACACAACGUUUGGGUACAACGACAAAAUAAGAAUACCCAUUCAGCAACAGGAUCUGUACACACUGCCGUACGAAAACUUUCUACAUGUUGAGGGAAAACUGACGAAGAACAAAGUGGUCCAGGGUGCUCAUGUGGCAUUGGGAAAUAAUUGCGUCGCAUUCAUAUUCGAUGAGAUUCGAUAUGAACUCAAUGGUGUGGAGAUUGACCGUAAUAGAAAUGUGGAUAUAACUAGCACGCUCAAAAACUAUGUAACAGUGUCAUCCGACAGAAGCGUGAUUCUACGGAAUGCCGGCUGGGAUGCGCAGACUACUGCAGCCGGAUAUUUUAAUUUCUGUGUACCGUUCUACGUACUGCUGGGAUUUUGCGAAGAUUACAAAUGCUUGGUGAUUAACGCUCGUCACGAAUUGAUUUUAAUACGAGCGCACAACGAUAAUUGUCUGACGGGAGAUACGGCGAUAGAGCCAACGCUCGAAUUAUUCAAAGAUCUGUACGAAUUUCCGCUCUUGCAGAGCACAACUAAGCAUUCGUGGACCAUCAUGACGGCUACUCAGCUCGAGAAGCCGCGCUACGUUAUUUUCGCUAUGCAAACAGGUCGCAAAAACAUCAUGUCUGAGGAUGUAAGUCGAUUCGACGAUUGCAAAUUAACCAAUGCGAAACUUUACCUGAAUUCGGAAUGUUAUCCGUACGAUGACUUAAAUUUGGAUUUUGAAAACAGAUGUGCGAUUCUGUACGACUUGUACGCGCGUUUCUGCAAGGGCUACUACGGAUACGAGUAUCUCGAGCCGACUCUCACUUUUACAACUUUUUUACGUAAUGGUCCAUUCGUGAUCAUCGAUUGCUCUCGACAGAACGAAUCAGUCAAGAGUGGCACCGUGGACGUGCGAUUAGACUUUGAAUGUAAAGAGGAUGUACCCGCAAAUACAACAGCCUCAUCAUACACGAUCGCAUCCAACAGGUUUUGCGCUUCUUGGUCUGCUUAUCAUCAUGGAUUGCGAUGGGAGGACGAGAUGGUCCCGUACAACGAGGCAAAACGUCUGAUUACAGCAGCUGUAUUUGAAGAUGAUGCUAUCGUGUACGUUAAGGGAUGCGAAAAACGAACGUGGCUGUGGAACUUGUUUUUGGACGAUGAGCGAAAACGCAUGUGCAUCGAGACCUUGGAUGUAGUUUACGAAGACAUGGAAUCUUUAACCAAGUUGGAUGUUGUUAAUACUAUGUGA